AUGUCCCAAGCCGCACCAGACCAGCCCAUUGCCGCUGCUGCGCUGGAGGAGGUGGCAGCCGAUGGUGAUUCUGCAAUUGAGAGCUUCGUUUCUUUGAGACUAACAGAAUGGAAGAUAUUCUUUUUCAUUACUGACUUCGUUGGAAAGCCAAACGAUGAGGAUGAGCAAGAUCGACUAGACUUGUCACACCAUGUCUACAACCUCGUUCUCGGUGGCCAUCUUUACCGCGCUCCGGUCAAAAGUCCUCAGAGAGUGUUGGAUCUUGGAACAGGGACCGGCAUUUGGGCUAUUGACUUUGCCGAUGAAAAUCCACAGGCAGAGGUCAUCGCCAGUAUCACAAAUUUAUUAACGCGUAGUAGGGUGCCCCCUAACGUGAGGUUCGAGAUUGACGACUUCGAACAAGAAUGGCAUUUUUCUCAGAAGUUUGACUUCAUCCACGGCCGUGAACUGGAAGGAUGCAUUCGGGAUCAUAAUCAAUUUUUUACUCAAUGCUUCCAGUUUCUGCGACCAGGAGGUUUUUUUGAGAUGAAAACAAUUGGAGUCACUACAUACUCCGAUGAUGAUGGUAUACAUAAAGCCGCCGAAAAGUUUGGAAAAAGCAUGACUACAGUGAAUACCUGGAAGGAGAAAAUGGAAAAAGCGGGCUUCAAAAAUGUUAAAUGGGAAGAAUAUAAGCUGCCGCAGAGCCCAUGGUCACAAGACGAAAAGCUAAAAACGAUCGGGACUUUCAAUCAACACAAUGUGUUUCAGGGUCUAGGAUCCUAUACAUAUGCACUUUUUACCCGGUUCCUUGGCUGGGAAAGGAAUGAGGUAGAGGUCUUACUGGCUGGCGUACGGCGGGAGUUGAAGGAUCUGUCAAUCCAUCUCUAUACGAAGCUCCAUGUCGUUUAUGGUGAAAAGCCAGAUGAAAACUGA